AUGUCUCACCACUACCAAUUCAAUGUCAAGAUGUCCUGCUCCGGUUGUCUGAAUGCCGUCUCGAAAGCUCUCGCAAGAGUUGACGGCGUCACCAACACCGAGAUCGACAUGCCAUCCCAAACCGUCGAUGUCACCGCAACUACCGACUACGACACAGUUUACAAUGCAAUUGUUAAGACCGGCAAGACCGUCAACGAUGGUAAGGUCAUCAAUUAG